CUUCCUCCUCCUCCUCCUCCACGCCCCCUUCCUCCUCCGCCCGCCCGCGGGGCCCCCCUCGCCUUCCCGCCCGCCCCUAUUGUUCCGCCCCCGGCCUCCCGCCCUUCCCAUUCCCGCCCGCUCCCCUUUUCCCCUCAGUAGCCUCGCGCCUGCAGUUUUUGGCUUUCACCCCCACCAGUGACCAAAGACUUGACCACUCAAAGUCCAGCUCCCCAGAACAGUGCUCAACAUGGAUACCGGUGUGAUUGAAGGUGGAUUAAAUGUCACUCUCACCAUCCGGCUACUUAUGCAUGGAAAGGAAGUUGGCAGUAUCAUUGGAAAGAAAGGAGAAUCAGUUAAGAAGAUGCAUGAGGAGAGUGGUGCACGUAUCAACAUCUCAGAAGGGAAUUGUCCUGAGAGAAUUAUCACUUUGGCUGGACCCACUAAUGCCAUCUUCAAAGCCUUUGCUAUGAUCAUUGACAAACUGGAAGAGGACAUCAGCAGCUCUAUGACCAAUAGCACAGCUGCCAGUAGACCUCCAGUUACCCUGAGGCUGGUGGUCCCUGCUAGUCAGUGUGGCUCUCUCAUUGGAAAAGGUGGUUGCAAGAUCAAGGAAAUAAGAGAGAGUACAAGGGCUCAAGUCCAGGUGGCAGGGGAUAUGCUACCCAACUCAACUGAGCGGGCCAUCACUAUUGCUGGCAUUCGGCAAUCCAUCAUUGAGUGUGUCAAACAGAUCUGCGUGGUCAUGUUGGAGUCCCCCCCGAAGGGCGUGACCAUCCCGUACCGGGCCAAGCCGUCCAGUUCUCCAGUCAUCUUUGCAGGUGGUCAGGCCUAUACCAUUCAAGGACAGUAUGCCAUUCCACAGCCAGAUUUGACCAAGCUGCACCAGUUGGCAAUGCAACAGUCUCAUUUUCCCAUGACGCAUGGCAACACCAGAUUCAGUGGUUUGGAUGCAUCUGCUCAGACUACUUCUUAUGAACUCACCAUUCCAAAUGAUUUGAUUGGCUGCAUCAUCCGGCGUCAGGGCGCCAAAAUCAACAAGAUCCGUCAGAUGUCUGGGGCGCAGAUCAAAAUUGCGAACCCAGUGGAAGGAUCUACUGACAGGCAGGUUACCAUCACUGGAUCUGCUGCCAGCAUUAGCCUGGCUCAAUAUCUAAUCAAUGUCAGGCUUUCCUCGGAGACCGGUGGCAUGGGGAGCAGCUAGAACAAUGCAGAUUCAUCCAUUAUCCCUUUCUGCUGUUCACCACCACCCAUGAUCCAUCUGUGUAGUUUCUGAACAGUCAGCGAUUCCAGGUUUUAAAUAGUUUGUAAAUUUUCAGUUUCUACACACUUUAUCAUCCACUCGUGAUUUUUUAAUUAAAGCGUUUUAAUUCCUUUCUCUGUUCA